CAUAACUGUUGAACACGCCGUUUGUCUUCACAUCAACUUCGAAUCUUCCCAAAACCGUCUUCGUGAACGUGUCUCUUUGUUCUGAACUGCACGUUGACAUCUAUUGUGCAUUAAACGGUCUCGAAAUCUGUCACUUGGGCGUCAGGUUGCUGCGGCGUCCUGACCAGAGGGGUCGUUGCCUGAUUUACAGCUCAGCCUUGUGACUCUCCCACCAAGAUUUAUUUCUUGCGAUUUUCAAAAACCUUCCAUCAUCAAACACCCACCAUCCACUUUCGAAGCGUGUUACCAAAACUUUGAAAGAUUGACGAAACUCGAAGCAGUUGGACGUGUUAUCUCGUGUAACACAAGGUUUGCUUGGAUCUGAUCGAUCAACAUGGAUAGCCCAUUCUACGGAGUUGAGAUGGAUGAGGACAAUCUUGACGCUCUGGCUGACCUUGAGCCUGUCGCCAAUGGCUGGGACAGAGCCCUUAGACGCAAUGAGAAUCGUCCUCUCGAUGAUCUCCCUCCCACGGAGAAUCGUCCUCUGAGAGCUUUCAGCAAUGGUCCCCCACCAUCCCAAGUCAAGAAGGAAAAUGAGCAGCUGGCGGCGCGAGACAACAACGCAGUCAACUACAGCAAGGCACUCCUAGAGCACGGCGAUACCUUGGUCAUUAUCCGCUACCCCAACGAGGCAAAGGUCUAUGAUGCGACUGGCUUCGAGAUUAGAGAUAGACACCGAGUCCACUCUGAGAAGUUGCUCGCUACCGGAUCCUCAAAGUUCAAGCAUAUGCUGGAGGACGAGUGGUACCAACAUCGUGCCAAGCGCCGCAACAAGCUCAUUGGAAACAUGCCUAUCGGUAUUAAGUAUGUUCUUGACUUGACUCCUCCUGAGGAAGGUGAUGAUGCUCUAGAAUUGACCUCCGAGCUAUCAUGCCCCACUGGUAUUCUUCUCUGGCGAAAUGCUGCUGCCCGAUGCAAUAUUUCAGACAAUCUCGUAGGAGGCAAAGACGAAACUACUGUACGACCAGAUCCGGUACAAACACAACCGCAAGACCUCAGUGGCCAUGGAGCUACUUCUCGUGCUCAAGCUGUUGCGUUCGUCCUCAAUAGCGCGGCUUCCAACACCAGUCCUUCCGAAAAGAGCGCUGCCGAACCUGAUGAGGCUCCCAUUCUUGAUUAUGACCCCAUUCGUCAUCGCACUGGAAUUGAACGUUUGCUUCAGGUCAUUGAAGGCAAGGAUCCUCGUAUUGAUUCUGCGCCGAAAGUCUGGACCCUUGCUGUCUUGGCCAAGCACUUCGAGUGCACUUCCGUUGUUCAGAUGGAUUUCAUCUUCACUUGGGUUUGGGCCGAUCCCAACUGUCGCAUCAUCGAAACUCUACCCGAAGCCUGUAUCCGAAUUGGUAUGAUGCUACAAAGCCCUCGCCUUGUUCGCACUGCCUUCUCUGUCCUAGUUUCUGAAGAAGCUCUUAGGAUUGGCACUGAACAAACUUGGAAGGAUGACCGUGAGAUCCAGCAGCGAGUCCUCAACUACCGACCACACAUGACUCGAAUUGGUCGGGUUCGGGAGUCGAUCGAUGAGGAUACUCUAAACACCAUCCAACACGCUGGUCAACAAUUCGCUGGUAGAGUUGAUGCUGUUGUUGUCAAGUUGUACGAUCCUGAAAUGAAGUGGCUCCACGACUUGCCAGAGUUUGCCAAGCUCAAGAAGCUGCUUGACCACAAUAUCAAGAUUGCAGGAGCUGAUUAUACCGCAAAGCAGCAAAGCAUCAUCAAUCUGGAGAACGAGCUUCUGCAUUAUGUCCGUGGUCGUCUUCUCUGGUGUUUCAUUGCUCAAUUGGAGAAUCAUCAACUGAAGCGCGCUACUGAGCAUCGUAAGUUGGAGGCUUACAAACACAGCUCCGGCAUGAGCUUUGGAACCGUGUACGAUUCUCUGAGAGACAAGGAACGCAUGAUGACCCGUUACUUCUGGGAAAUCAUUCGCAAUCUGGACUGGGGCUUGCACUGUACCACCAACCAGAUUCAUGACUGGCUGCCAGAUAAACACCCCUUCGCCGACAUGCAACAAAGAAUUGCCGAGGAGAAUGGCAUUCGCAAAGUCACCACGUACACUUUGGUCCGUUACGCUAAGAUUGUCAACGAUCAGAUCCUCGAUGUCAUCAAGGUCGAGAAUUACAACGAUGGCAACUUCCCUCCCGAAUGUUACGUCCCAAUUCAGCUUUCCAUCGAUUCUGUUUCCGAGAAGUUUGAUGACUGGUCUCUCCAUCCUGAUGAGCCUGAAAAUGACGGAUUGGUGUAUCGUGGAAGCGGACAUCAGCCCAUGUACCCUGCUACACCGAUGUCCACUGCCGUUGAACCACCUGGUUUUCAGAAGCAACCCAGUACAGUCGAGCAAUCCCGUCCUACUCCAACCCCGAAUGUCUGGGAAACCCUCAAUGCGGCAUGUCUCUACACUCCUCAAGUCCCGGCUGACGAGCGAAUCACCGAAUCCUCAGUCUUCUUCUGCCUUCCAACUUUCUUGAAGAACGUCAACGACCAUCUUGUCAAGAUUUGCGCAAGCAUGCUUGACAAUGAUGAAAACGAGUGGUCUAUUACCUGUGAUACGCUCCUUUGCCUGACGGAUGAUGAAUACAAGUUUCUGCCUCUCUUUGCUGGUGGAACUGACGACGGAACUGGCGGUGUCUUCGAAGAUGCCAUUCCGGCCGCUGAGAAGGGUCCUUCCGGUCCUGGUCCAGCUUUCCACACUGGCUCUACCAUGGGUUCUCGUGCGUCUUCAUUGGCGGACUGGGAUGCAUUGAGCUAUGAUGGUACCGAGAUGGCAGGCGUUGAUAGUAGCCUUGGCGUUGAGGAUGGAUAUUCCGAAGAUCAUAUUGAUCGUAGAGAUGUCAAGUCUGAGGAGGACUUCCCUCAAACCCUGUCCACCAGCUUGCCAAUCCGCGGUAAGGAAGAUAAGGGAAAGGGUAAGCAGGUUGAGGAUGUCGAGGACUUCAUGGAUGAUGAUUUCUUCGAUGGUCCGGGAGAUGACGACGAUUUUGAUCACAUUGAUGCUGAUGAGGGUAAUGCCACUGAAUGAGCGACCGCGUGUAACAUGGCUAAGGAACGAAUAACGAAGGGUCUGGCUUUUUCCGGCGUUUGCAUGCAAAAGAUAGAUACCAACUUCAGAAACAGGUAUGAGCGAAACGACAAUGUAGCAUGAGCAUCAAGAAU